AAUAAGUUGAACUUUCACUUUUCAUUUACUUUGAGCAAAAUAAUGAGGUUCACGCAACGGUUCAGAAUUAAAGGAAGAAGGCUCUAAGAAGUACCAACGAUAAUGGCUGAAGAAGGAAGCUUCUCAGUCCUGUCUACUGUUGGCACAUCAUCAGAGACAGGUAGUGAGGUAACUGACAGGGAGAGAGAGAAGGUAAAAAUCGAGGAUCCAGAGGAUGGAGAGAUGGAAGAAAUGGACUCCUCGGAGCUCGUCCUAUCUCAUCAGGAAGCCAUGUCAAAGGUGGAGGCAGCCAUUGAUGAAAUUGUCUCAACAGACUCCCUGUUGUAUGAUUUACCCCCAGAAGUCACACUGGAAGAGGUGAAUUCCUUCAUUGCUCUGGAGCAUGGACAAGCCAUGCUGGUAAAUGUCCAACGUGCUGAUGGAGAAGUACUAUCAGUGGUAGUGGUUCAAAAUGGCACUGUCCUUGACCUGAAGCAUGCCAUUAAACGUCACAUGACCUUGAAACUGUCCCGCAGCAAAGGAAAGAAGCACAUUAGUUGGAAGUACAUUUGGAAGCGAUACUGGUUGUAUUUUGAAGGUCAGAAACUUACUGAGGACAAGAAACAACUAAAAGAAUAUGGCAUCAGAAAUAAAGAUGAAGUGACAUUUAUAAAAAGAUUAAAAGAGAGGUGAUCAGAUGAGUUGUGAAAUGGGGAAAUGUUUCUGAUCAAGAAUACCAUGGUCCAGAAGUGUAUACAGCCACUGGUCCUGAUGCACCGUAUCAUGUUCAUCAGGGGGUGUUACAGCAUGUUUUCUUGUUCUUAAAUAGGGAUGCAAGUGAAGGAAACAGACAGAUUUGCAAGAAAUAAGGCAAUGAUUGCUGUUUGAUGAAAGAUGCUUUUGAAUAAAUGUUAAGUUGCGGUUUCUAUUUUUCUAUUCAUUUCCAAUGACAAUUUUGUUUCUGUCAUUCUAUCAUGUCAGAUCGCAGCUUGCCUUGCCCUUCUUUUAUCUUGGUCAGAGAGUAAGAAUUUUUCUCUGUUGUGAGAGAAAGGGAGCUAUGUUGUAAAAUUCAGUUUUAAAUGAAAAUUGUAUAUUGCAUGUUAUGUUAUCAUACAAUAUGAAAGCAAGAGGUGUUAGCAAAAAAUAUUCAUAUCUAAUAGCAAAUACUGGUAUUAGGAAUGUACUGUAACAUGAGGCCAUCCUUAAAUGAAAAAAUGUUUGUUUGGAAUUGCUAGACCCAGGAGGGAGGGAGAGAAUUUUUUUUCAUUUUUCAAACUUGAAGUUUAACUAAUCAGAAAUUGGUUAAAUAUAAAAAAUCUCCACAUAAAAAAGUUUUUUUAAUUUUUUACAAAUAAAAUUUUAUCAGCAGGCAAUUCCAAACAAACAAUAAUUCUAUUUUGGCCUGAUAUAUCUCCAACUGAAUCGGACAUUUAUAGCAUGAUAAGUCAUUUUUAAGGUUCUAGCAUUUUAGAACAUGAGACUAAAUAUGAAGAAUAUUUUUAUUUAUUACAUGUACACAUUCUUUUUUUUACAUUUUCAAAAUAAGAUAAAAAGAUGUGUAUUACAUCUACAGUAGUCACAAAAAACAAUGGAAAACAUGAUAUGUAUGUGGGCUGGAGAUGUAGCACAGUAAGGAUGCUUUCUCCCAUUGUUAUAACACAAUACAUCCCCGAUCACUUACAGGUGUAUAAUGGGCACUAAAAUUAUUAUAGCACUCAGAAAGCGUGCAUACACAAGAAAUACACCAAACAAACUAAGUCCCAAAAACUAAGAAAAGUUACUUAAUAAAUCAAAUUACAGAAAAGAAACUGAAUUACAUUCAUCAUAAAUUGCCUGUACAGUCUUCUUUUGAUAUACUUAUAUAUCCUGCAAAUUUAUAGUGUAUAUAUAUAUUUUUUUUGCAACACAAGACAAAAAAAACUUUCUCCAGAACCUUACAAGCUGUUAAAAAUCUGAAUAAUCGUUGUAUAUUCUACAAGCUAUUGACAACAUAUAGUUGUUCAUUAUUGGCUGUUGCAAUGUUAUCAUGUUAUGGGGCCAUGUCUUGCUACAUGUAAUAACUCUUGUCUGAUCGAACUACAGGGAAAUUACUGGUACUGGAUUCCAUUAAAAUGUAAUGAGAUUUUAUUGUUGAUUUAUAUUUAAAGGAAAUCAAACUCGAUAUUUACAGCUCAAUUUUUCAUAUCUUAAUGCAUUU